CAUCCCUAGUAGUUGUCACUAAGUUUUGAAAUAUUAUGUGAUGAUUAUAAAUACUUAUUAAAUUUUUUAAUUGAUUAAUAAAAAUAAAAUCGUUAUUAUGGCUUGUAAUUCCUGCUCGAAGACAUUUUCCCUUUUUCGUCCUGAGAGAGGAUGUCCCAGCUGUGGGUUUAGUUACUGCUCGAAAUGUCUAAAAAAUAAGGUAUUUUCGCAAAAACUCAAUUCCGAAGUAAUGGUAUGUUCUAAAUGCAAGCAAUCAACAAAUUCUAGUGAAUCUAAAAAAAUAGAACCACCAGAUGCAUACUAUAAAAGAAUUGGUGGCAGAGAGAGUGCUUCAGGGCACAUAGAUUCAACAAGUGAAGAUUCAGUGGAAAAAGAAAUAUCCGAAAGACUUAACAAAUUAAAACAGGACAAAUUGGACAGUAAAGCAAGCCCCAGUAAUGAUGAAGUUGCUGAAAGAUUACAAAAACUUAAAGGUGAUGUGCCGUCUACUUCUGACGCAGAACUGACAGCAAGAUUAGCAAAUAUUAAAGGAGUACCUAUAAGUGCACUUCAGAGUAAGCAAGUGUUGCCAACCAUAUCUACAGUAAAAACUGAACAAGAACAAGUAGAAGACCUAAUGAGGCAGUAUAUGGAACAAGGAAAUAUUGAUAAGAAGUAUGGUGACGAGUUUGAUGGGCUGGUCAGUGACAUAGAAGCUAGACUACAGAAGCUGAAAGGUUCUCAAAGUUCAGGGCCAGAUCAAGUUGUGUCUCAAGAUAAGAAUGAUAAUUCUGAAGAUGAAGAGGAAACUAUCAAGAAGAUAAUUGAGAAGAUGGCAGCUGAAGCAAAAUUAGAAAAUAUAGACAGUGACCAUGUAAUGGAUGAGUUACCAUUUUGUGAGAUAUGUAAUGAGGAUGCUAAAAUGAGAUGUCUUGGUUGUAAAUAUCUCUUCUGCAAACAGUGCUUCAAGGAGCAUGAAGAUAGUGAUGAUGGCUGUGACAAAUUUGAACCAUACACUCCUCCAAAGAAUGUAAUGUAAAAUGUAUUAUUUAUUGCAUUGCAAGAAAUCAAUUAUAAUAAAUUAUUUAAUUUUAAAUGGAAUAUUGAACAUUUUAUACUUAAAAUAAAAAUAUAAUGAAUGUUAAUUUUA